ACGUGGUUCUCACUGGACGGCGACGCUACAAACACGUGAUGAUCUUAUAGACCAUGAUGCAUUGCUGCAGGUUAAACUACCCAACAGGAUAUUCACUGUCUGUAAACCAGCCUGUCGCUGGCAGACUGUCAGCCCAUAGUGGCCUAAAGUUGGCACUUUGGCUGAGGAGCUAAACUUGCGUCGGAAUCGUCGGCAAAAUGGUGACGUUAGUAACGUUAAAGGAGUCGUCCCGGCGCUCCAACGUCAGUAACGUUAUUCACGUGGAAUCUGGAAGGACAAGUACGCGAGCUAACGUUCGACUCCAUGGAAAUAACGUUAACACCUAAUGUUACAUCCAAAUUGUGAUGGCUAGCGUUCAGCUCGACCUCAUCAGGCUAGUUAACAGCCCCGAGCUCGACACGUCGUCACACGAGCCAGUUAAGGUCAUCACGACGCUGCUGUACGAGGUUCUGAAGGCAGUCAGAAACCGGCCUCCCAGAGACGGCCCCCUUCAGUCUUCAGUCUUCUCAGGUGCUGAAGGCGUGCCCCCCCCAAUUCAAAAACUCAUAGCGCCUCUAGCGCCACCAUCAGGUCGACAUGUUGACGCGUCCGACACAAACACCUGCAGAGCUGCUGACGCUCCCAUCAGCCUCAGCUGCGCUCUGUGCUCACUGCUAACCAGCUAAUGUUAGCACGCUAACACGCUAAGCUAAGAUGGUGAACAUUAUGGCUGCUGCUGUAAACAUCAGCUGCCAGUGUGCUUCAUCAUCAUUUCUUUCUCAUAUAGCACACACACACACACACACACACACACACACACACACACACACACACACAGAUUCACAUGCAAAUACGCAAUAUGACUAUUAAGUUGUAUUGAGACUCAUCCACAACUACUGGAUGACUAUAAGACACAUAAGACGCCUUGUUUACCUCGUUAACACAAGUGUGUUAACACAAGUGUGUUAACACAAGUGUGUUAACACAAGUGUGUUAACACAAGUGUGUUAACACAAGUGUGUUAACACAAGUGUGUUAACGAGGUCACAUGUCAAGCCUGUCGGCAUCUGAAACGCCCGAGUGAACGUAUAAAUAGACGCUGUGCUCCGAGGAUUAGUGAGAGUGAGCAGCCUCUCACCUGGACCAACACGAGGGACUCCCACACACGCACACGCACACGCACACACACACACACACACACACACACACACACACACACACACACACACACACACACACACACACACACACACUGCUAUAAGUGUGUAGUGCCUCUGGUUGAGUCAGGGGCCUCUGGUCACAUCUGUGUGUAAAUAUAGCUCUGCAGUGAAUAAAUGUGCCAAAUGUUUAACAUGACACAGGUUCAAAUCCCUGACUGACUGAGCGUUCAUCAGCUCAUGGACCGAUCAGCAACAUGUUCUUCCUCCUUUUGAUUGGAGAACAUGUACAUUCAUCACCUCAGGGAUCGCACUGGACGGUGAACAAUAAUGUGACAUCGCUCCCUCGUGGAGACGAACACACACUCUGCAGUUCCCCUCAGCUCCACGGAGCGCUUUAGCCUCUUUCAGCUCCUUGUUUUGGUUCAGUCCCUCGGCUCUCAUCGCCCUGGUUCAGCUGUUUCCAGACGUAACGCGGCUGAACUCUGCAGGCGGAAACAGGCAGCUGCUCAUGAAGCUGCCUGUGCUGUACAGUCUGCUGUGUGCUCUGUACAAACAGUAUGAGGGCGGGGGUCAACAGGGGCCCAACAGCACACAUUUGCCCUCUAACUUCUGGAGUCACAUGGAAAACGUACUGCCACAUGUUGAUUUUAUUUAAACAGGACCCACACGCACACAAAGAAGUAAUGUAAAGAGUUCAUUCAUUUUCUUUAACAUGUUUAUUUAUUAUUUCAUUAUGUAGCUAGUGGAUGUAUGUUGGAAAACCGGAAAAUAAAACGUUUUUAUCGUCUUCUCAUGUCUCAGGCAAUAUUUAGUUUAAUUUUUGAUCAAUAUUUGAUCCAUAUCUAAUACUGAAGCCAGGAUUAUUAAUCAGUCACUGUUCUGGCACUCUGAUGAUCCACGUGCUGGCCUUGCUGUGUUUUCCUCUCGGCCAAUCAGCGCAGCGAUUCUCCUGCUCAUUAAGCUCCACUUAGUGCCGACGUCAUUAAGCAGCUUAGCGCAGCAGGUGAAUGGAGGGAGAGCUGUUUACACUGAGGAGGCUGCAGCAUGACUCGUCUCUGCAGAAGGUAGACGGCGCUGACCUGACGGAUCGAUAAGGAGUGUGGAAGUGAAGUCUGGAGUUUGUGAGUGAUGGAGUGCAGCGGACAGGUGACAGCCCAGCUGAUGAUGGCUGUGGGGACAGCUGUGAUUGGCUCUCUCCAGUUUGGCUACAACACUGGUGUCAUCAAUGCUCCUCAGAACACCAUUGAGAGCUUCUACAACGAGACGUGGAGCAGCAGGUAUUCAGAGCCCAUCUCUCGGACCACUUUGACAGCUCUGUGGUCGCUCUCCGUGGCCAUCUUCUCUGUGGGAGGAAUGUUCGGCUCCUUCUCCGUUGGCCUCUUCGUCAACCGCUUCGGCAGGAGGAACUCCAUGCUCAUGGCCAACGUGCUCGCCUUUAUUGCUGCUGCGUUCAUGGGCUUCUCCAAGAUGGCUGCUUCCUUCGAGAUGCUCAUCGCCGGACGCUUCAUCGUGGGUCUCUACUCCGGCCUCUCCACUGGCUUUGUGCCCAUUUAUGUUGAGGAAAUCUCACCCACAUCUCUCCGCGGAGCAUUAGGCACUCUGCAUCAGCUUGGUGUAGUGAUCGGCAUUCUCAUGGCACAGGUCUUUGGGAUUGAAUCCCUGAUGGGGAAUGCCUCCCUGUGGCCCCUCCUGCUGGGCUUCACUCUGCUGCCGGCUGUGCUGCAGUGCGCCCUGCUGCCCUUCUGCCCCGAGAGCCCCCGAUACCUCCUCAUCAACCGCAACGAGGAGAGCAAGGCCCGCAGCAUCCUGAUGAAGUUGCGGGGAACUGACGAGGUGAGUGAGGACAUGCAGGAGAUGAAGGAGGAGAGCCAGCAGAUGAUGAGGGAGAAGAAGGUGACCAUCCCCGAGCUGUUCCGCUCCCCCAGCUACCGCCAGCCCAUCUUUGUCGCCAUCAUGCUGCAGCUCUCACAGCAGCUGUCUGGAAUCAACGCUGUGUUUUACUAUUCAACCGGGAUCUUCGAGCGAGCAGGUGUGUCCCAGCCCGUCUACGCAACCAUCGGAGCAGGAUUGGUCAACACGGCCUUCACGGUGGUUUCUCUGUUUGUGGUGGAGCGUACGGGCAGGAGACCUCUUCACCUCACCGGUUUGAUGGGAAUGGCAGUCUCAGCCGUUUUUCUAACUGUUGCCAUGGCGCUGUUGGACCAUUUCAGGUGGAUGUCCUACGUGAGCGUCGUGGCCGUCUUCAGUUUUGUAGCCUUUUUUGAAAUCGGCCCCGGCCCCAUCCCCUGGUUCAUUGUGGCCGAGCUCUUCAGCCAGGGGCCCCGGCCUGCUGCCAUCGCAGUUGCCGGUCUCUCCAACUGGUCUGCCAACUUCUUGGUGGGGAUGUGCUUCCAGUAUGUGGAGCAACUCUGCGGCCCCUACGUCUUCAUCAUCUUCACCGUCCUGCUGCUCGGCUUCUUCGUCUUCACCUACUUCAAGGUGCCAGAGACAAAGGGCCGCAGCUUUGAUGAGAUCGCGGCGGGCUUCCGGCAGUCAGCCGGUCAGGGUGCUGACAAGUACUCGGCCCCCGAAGAGUUCAACACCCUCAGGGGGGACGACUUCGACCUCUGAAGGCCGCCCUCCGUGCACGCACUCACCUGCUGCAAAGUCACCUGUUACACUUGGGGGGCACGCGUAGAACUAAUGUUAGGGUCAGUAUUACACAAGAGGUCUAGUCUUCACACAGGACCGAUGGGCUCGGCCGGUCCUCCUGACUUCCUGCGUGAGAGGCCGGCGCAGAAAAAGCCCGCUGGGUCCAGACUGUACACGUCUGGAGUCGCAUCAUGUAGCAACAUUAUAAAGCGAAGAGCUGAGAGCAUCAGCUGUGUGGAGCGACGAGGAGGCUGGAGCCUUCCUCACGUGAAGCCGACAGAAGCGUCACGUUUCCAUCGUCUGAGCGUCCACUGGAGCUCCUUUAGUGACGGAGAAUUAGCUCCACCAGCUGUUUACCUCCAUCAGCCAAUGAGCUCAUUGCAUUCAAUACAUUCAUUCACUUUUUCUUUGGCCAUUUUUCUGGAAAUUUGGUUAAAAUUUGCACCACAUUUGGAACUUCUAACUUGGUUCCUCCAAACUGAAACACGCUGCGAUACAAAGUCCAAUGUGACAUUCUGGUUGUGAGAUAAGUUUGUUCAGACUGAAACCUUUUUACUAUCAUGAAUUUAACUGCUAAAGGUAAAAUUUGAGGCUGUGUGUGUGUGUGUGUGUGUGUGUGUGUGUGUGUGUGUGUGUGUGUGUGAGCGUGUAUUACUCACGUUGUGGGGACUCGCCUUCCUUUUGGGGACAAAACGCAAGUCCCCAUAAUGUACAAUAUUACAUUUUAGGGUGAAGACUUAAGGUUUAGGGUUAGUCUCCAGGAAAUAAUAAUAAUAAUAAUAAAACUUUAUUUAUAGAGCACUUAUCAAAACAAAGUACAAAGUGCUUCACAGCAAGAGAAAUAAAAUACCACAGUGAAUGACGAAAUAUAAAGAAAUAA